AACAAAAGCAAAAAAAUUCUAUGUUUCUGCCAAUUCAUUAAAUUAAAAUCCUCUAAUUAAAAAUUUAAGAAAUAAUUAAAUGUUGAUUUACAAUUCCGAAAAAUGUCCGAUUUAGUCUCCAAAUGCGUGUUACGCGUGGAAGUAAAAGAUGAUAGAGGCGAAGAAGAGAACGGCAAUGGUCCUUCAAGGAGAGAAAAAAAAGGGAAGAGUUCUAAAAAUCGUAGAAAUGUAAGGGACAUCAGCGUGGAAACGUUCCCCAGCGUCCUAGAAAGUCCUAGGGAAGAUUGGGGACUGCUUCCAGUGUCUUCUAGGGAGCGUUUGACCUCAGGCAGCAAAGAUUUCGAAAGUAGAAAUGAGAUUGGUUUCUUCAGUGGAAAUCCAUUUGUAGAAAUAACGAAAGGUGUUUUGCAUCUCUACAAAGAAGACACCUUGACAAGUAAAAAAGAAGCUUUGAUUUUAUGCAUUCUUGGUAUUCCUGCUUCUGUUACUUGCCAUGAUUUGCUGACCUUUACUGCACCAUGUCAUGAGAAUAUUUCUCAUAUAAGAGUAAUCAGAGAUUCUAAGCCUAAUCAAUAUAUGGCUUUAUUAAAUUUUCGUACAAAUGAGGCUGCAAUUGAAUUUUAUUCUAAUUUUAAUAACUUACCCUUUAACAACAUGGAGCCAGACAGUAUCUGUAGAAUUGUUUGGGUUUCAAAUGUUGAAUAUGCCACAAACUCAACACCUCCACCUGGCCAUACUGAGCUACCAAUUUGCCCAGUUUGCUUAGAUCGAAUGGAUGAAUCCGUCGACGGUGUUCUGACCAUCCUUUGUAACCAUACUUUUCACUCAAACUGCCUGGAGAAGUGGAGUGAUUUUACUUGUCCUGUAUGCAGAUUCGUUCAGAGCCCUGAACAGGCUGAAAACUCCGAGUGUGAAGAAUGUGGCAAAACGGGGCCUUCCCCAGACGCCCUUUGGAUCUGUUUGAUAUGCGGUCACGUUGGAUGUGGAAGGUACCAAGGUGGGCAUGCAGCGAUGCAUUACAGAGAAUCCGGACAUUGUUUCGCGCUUCAAUUAGGAUCCCACAGGGUUUGGGAUUAUAAGGGAGACAAUUUCGUUCACCGCUUACUGCAGAAUAAAGACGAUGGGAAACUUGUACCGGCUGGAGGUCCUCCGGCAGAGGCUGAAGGAACGGAAGAAAAAGUUGAUUCAGUUCAACUGGAAUUUACGUAUCUGUUGACUUCGCAGUUGGAUGAACAGAGGAUGUAUUAUGAAAUGAAAUUAGCACAGCUCGAAAGUCAACUGAUGGACGAAAAUAGGGAGUUGAGGGACGAAGUUGGAUCGUUGCUGGAAGAAAACAAAGAUCUCCAUCAGAAAUUGAAUGCGGUUACCAAGGAAAAAAAUACUUUGGAAAAGAAGGUAUCGCAACAAUCUUCCAAGUUAUCAACCACAUUGCGUGAAUUAAACGAGGAAAAACAGCUGGGGAAGGCGUUGAGAAACAACCAGUUGAAAUGGCAGGAAAAGUUUGAGAAAAUGAAGUCCAAUUUCGAGGAAUUGGAGAAGAGAAGCGACGCCAUCAAGGCUGAAUUGAAGGAGCAAAUACGAGAUCUGAUGUUUUAUAUCGACGCAAAAGAUACUAUUGAAAAGUCUGAACUGAAGGAUGAGAUAGCUAGUGGUACUGUUACAGUAGGUGAAAAACCUAAAUCGAAUAAAGGAAAGAAAAAACGUUAAUGGUUUUCAAAGAUUAUUGAAAUAAGGGCUAAAAUUAUACUGUUGGAGAGGAAUGGUUGAUUGAAAAUUGUGCAGGGGAUGUAAUUUACGUUAUUAUAUUAUUUUUUUCAUCAAG